AUGGCUUCCGAAAUGCCGCUCCCUAUACCACCGCGCACACCAACACCACCUCCUGAAGAUGAGGAGCAACCAUUCGGCCUGGGGUUCGAGAGUUCACUGUCACCUGCGAAGUUGGGUUUCAAUCCCAAUGCGCUCUCUCCCAUGUCUGCGACUUUCCCAUCGGAGCGCUAUGGAACGUUAGCCCCGAGUGACUCAGUAUCGCAAAGACCUACACCUAGUACUGGCAGCAUCUUCAGUCCUACCGGCUCAUCCUUUCCAUAUAGUCCGGCCAGUGCUGCAAGCGCAGCAAGUGAGAAUGAAACGAGCGGAUCCGAAAAUGUGCAAAACCCAUUCAACUUCCAGCCAGUCCAGUAUAUGCCUGGACGACCAGGUCCAAACAAAUCAGAUAUUGGUCGAAGACGUGGGCACAAGUACAAGCACAGUAGCGUGUCGCAUCAAAUCUUCCUCGAGCCUCCCCCGCGCGCCCCUCUCCAGCUCCCCGCUUCCCUCCCAAUUCCCACAUUCAAAGAAUACCGUUCGAGUAUGUCACGGGAGCAAAUGCUGAGAGGUGCAUGGUGUUUCUGCCAUUUAUUCGUGGCCGGAUUAGUGCAAUGGAGCGCUCACGAGUCCUUGGCUCUGACGGUGCUGUCACGCCUGUUAUUUUAUGACACGCUGGGCGCCUUCCUCUGUGUUGCCGUUGACGUGGGGUCAAACUUCGAGGUCUGGAAACGGUCCACUAUCCGUCAUCCAUUUGGCUUUGAGCGCUCAGAAGUGGUAGCCGGCCUCGGCAUGUCCGUCGGCCUUCUCUUCAUGGGGCUCGACCUUAUUUCACACAGCUUGACACAUGCGCUGGAAAACAAAGGGGGGCAUACUCCACACCAUGCCCACACGCAUGAACGGGUAUCUCCCGGGAGCAUCGACCUGGCUGCACUGAGUGGUAUUGUGUCAACACUUGUUUCGGCGAUUCUGUUGAAGAAUCACUCUCGCAUCGGCAAGGUAAUGAGGCUUGGCGCGAUCGCCAACCUUCCCUCGGUGCUGAGCAACCCUUCUCAUUUUCUCACCCUCUCCUGUUCAGCGCUUCUUCUUCUGCUUCCUCUGCUCAGCAUCCAAAUGUACGUUUGGCUAGACCGAACCCUCUCAUUCACGGUUGCAAUUGCCAUGGUGGCAUUGGGAUGGAUACAGGGAUGGGCGCUGGGCAAGAUGCUGCUCAUGUCCUACUCUGGUCCGGGAGUCUCGGCCGUCUUGUACGACAUUGAGACGGACCCGGCUGUGAGCACCGUCGAGGAGGCAAAAUUUUGGCAAGUGCAUUAUGGACUAUGCCAGGCCAACUUCAAGCUGCGGGUGCGGAACCUGGAGGAGAUGGGCCGACUGCGGGAUCGCAUCGGAAGCAUGGUUCGGAAUCGCCUAGGAGGGGGAUAUGGGAGCGGCGGACAGAAAUGGGAGGUCUCGACACAAAUCACGUUGGAGAAGGACUGA